AUGACAAAAUCUGAGCAGCAAACCGAUUCAAGACAUAACGUUAUCGACUUGGUUGGUAACACCCCGUUGAUUGCGCUGAAAAAAUUGCCAAAAGCCCUGGGUAUUAGACCACAAAUAUAUGCUAAACUGGAACUAUAUAAUCCAGGUGGUUCCAUCAAAGACAGAAUCGCCAAGUCUAUGGUGGAAGAGGCUGAAGCUUCUGGUAGAAUUCAUCCUUCCAGAUCUACUCUGAUCGAGCCUACUUCCGGUAACACUGGUAUCGGUCUAGCCUUAAUCGGUGCCAUCAAAGGUUACAGAACUAUUAUUACCUUGCCAGAGAAGAUGUCCAACGAGAAGGUUUCUGUCUUGAAAGCUUUGGGUGCUGAAAUCAUCAGAACUCCAACUGCUGCUGCCUGGGAUUCUCCAGAAUCACAUAUCGGUGUUGCCAAGAAGUUGGAGAAAGAAAUUCCUGGGGCUGUUAUAUUAGAUCAAUACAAUAACAUGAUGAACCCAGAAGCUCAUUACUUUGGUACUGGCCGCGAAAUCCAAAAACAACUAGAAGAAUUGGAUCUGUUUGAUAAUCUACACGCUGUUGUUGCUGGUGCUGGUACUGGUGGGACCAUUAGUGGUAUCUCCAAAUAUUUGAAAGAACAAAAUGACAAGAUUCAGAUCGUUGGUGCUGACCCAUUUGGUUCAAUUCUAGCUCAACCUGAAAACUUGAACAAGACUGACGUCACUGACUACAAAGUUGAAGGUAUUGGUUACGAUUUUGUUCCUCAAGUCUUGGAUAGAAAAUUGAUCGAUGUUUGGUAUAAGACUGAUGAUAAGCCUUCUUUCAAGUAUGCCAGACAAUUGAUUUCUAACGAAGGUGUCUUGGUUGGUGGUUCCUCCGGUUCUGCCUUCACUGCGGUUGUCAAAUACUGUGAAGAUCAUCCUGAACUGACUGAAGAUGAUGUCAUUGUUGCAAUUUUCCCAGAUUCCAUCAGGUCGUACCUAACUAAGUUCGUCGAUGACGAAUGGUUAAAGAAGAACAACUUGUGGGAUGAUGACGUAUUGGCCCGUUUUGACACUUCAAAGCUGGAGGCUUCGACCACAAAAUAUGCUGAUGUAUUUGGUAACGCUACUGUGAAGGAUCUCCAUUUGAAGCCAGUCGUUUCCGUUAAAGAGACCGCUAAGGUUACAGAUGUUAUUAAAAUUUUGAAAGACAACGGUUUUGACCAAUUACCUGUACUGACUGAAGACGGUAAGUUGUCCGGUUUAGUUACUCUGUCUGAACUUUUAAGGAAAUUAUCUACUAAUAAUUCAGACAGCGACAACACUAUAAAGGGUAAGUACUUGGAUUUCAAGAAAUUGAACAAUUUCAAUGAUGUUUCCUCUUAUAAUGAAAACAAAUCCGGUAAGAAGAAGUUUAUUGAAUUUGAUGAAAACUCCAAGUUAUCAGACCUAAAUCGUUUCUUUGAAAAAAACUCAUCUGCCGUCAUUACUGAUGGCUUGAAACCAAUCCAUAUCGUUACCAAAAUGGAUUUACUGAGCUACUUAGCAUAA